CAAAAAUAGUUGCAGAGCCUUUCUUAAUUAUUUUUUUAGGCCUACAUAAGGAGGAAGAACAAUCAGAAUUGAGAUCACAGAACCAUAAGUUCCAAAAAAAUUCACAAAAACAUAACAAAAUGUUGCCUUUUCGUUAUAGCUUCGUCGUUCUGACAUUACUCUCUGUUUUGUUAACUCUAGCCUAUGGUCUACCUAGGGUAAGACCAAUCAAAGAUGUCCAACCGAAAAAAACGCUAAAGGUUCACAACCAGAUCCGAGCCGCGGUCGGGGUGGCUCCAUUGAAGUGGAACAGAACAGUAGCGGCCUAUGCACAGAAGUUCGCAAAUAGACAAGCCAAAGCCGGAGUCUGCGACUACAGCUCCAUGAGACAUUCUGAUGGACCUUACGGCGAGAAUAUCGCUGCGGGAUGGGUCCAACCUGAAGACCAAAUGAGCGGUCCGAUCGCGGCAAAGUAUUGGUUGACGGAGAAGCCAAACUACGAUUAUGCGACCAACAAGUGCAAAGAUGUUUGCGGACACUACACUCAGAUGGUGGCCAAUCAGUCGUUCAGUCUCGGAUGUGGCUCGUUCAGGUGUCAUGAGAAUGAGUUAAUUUAUAUUGUAUGUAACUAUUAUCCUAUGCCAGUGGGUGAUGAGAAUACACGUCCUUAUUGAUUAUGUUGAUGUGAAGAAAUGAUCCAUAUGGUAAUGUGAUUUGACAAUAAUUAAUAUGUUAAGUUACUGAUCCAUUAUAUGUAUAAGACUAUAAAACCAAGUUUAUGAUCUAUUGGUUUGUAUUA